AUGGUGAACGAGAGAAUGAGAAUUUGGGCGGAAGAGGAGGACAAAAUGGAUAGAAAUCAGAACGGGUUCAGAAAGGGAAGAUUAACGAUGGAUAAUAUUGGAAUACUAAUUAACAAUAUUAAGGAGAGCUGGGGGAAGGGGAAGAUAGUGAUGGUUGCGUUCGUUGAUGUAAAAUCAGCGUAUGACAAUGUGAAUCAUGAAGAAAUAAUUAGGAGAUUGAGAGAGAUGGGUUGUCCGAGGAGACUGGGAAAGUAUAUAGAUGCUUGGUUGAGGGAAAGGAAGGUGGAAAUUAGAAAUGUAGACGGGAUAGUGGAAGGGAUGAGAGAAAUGGAGGUUCGCAUAUUACAGUAUGCGGAUGACAUAGUUAUAUAUGUAGAGAUACAAGAUAGAAGGGAAGGCAAGAGGAAAAUAGAGAUGGCAAUGAGUAAGUUAAAAGGAAAUUUGGAAAACUUAGGGUUGGGUAUUGCAACAGAGAAGACACAAAUUGUAACAUACGUGGGCAAGAGAAAGAGAGGUAGGGGUGGGAAUGAAGAGUUUAACAUCGAGGGAGAGAGAAUUAAGGGAGUGGGAGCGGCGAAAUUUCUGGGGAUGUGGCUGGAUGAGGCACUAGACUUUAGGAGGCAUACAGAGUACGUAGUAUCAAAAUUGAAGAAAAGAAUGAACAUUCUAAAAUGCAUUGGGGGCAUUAGGAAGGGAACGGAGCCGGAAACGAUUAUUAAGAUAUUCAAAGCGUUGAUUAGGUCGGUAGUCGAAUAUGGGGGGCAGUUCUGUAUUAAGGAUAAGAGGAAUAGGGAGAAGGUACAAAAGAUACACAAUGCGGGUAUUAGAAUAGCGAUGGGAUAUAGACUGUCGAUACCGAUUAACGUUAUGGAAACAGAAGCGGGAAUAAUGGACCUGGAGACGAGGUUAGAGACACUGGUGGAAGGAUAUGUAGCAGGGAAGUUUUGGAUGAGGGAUAAUGAGGUGAUAGAGGCGAUAGAGAAUAGAAUAAAGUAUGGGGUUCCGGAGGAAAUAGAGGAGGGAAGGGAUAUGGUGGUGGAUGGUGGACGCAUGGAGAAGAUUGGAAGAGAGGAGGGUAGGAAUGUAUAG